AUGUACAUUCCCUUCCACAACCUCCACGUCAUCACCACCACCACCACCCCCCAAACCCUCAUCCCGAACCCUCCUCAACCCCGCCAACACCUCCCCCAUCGACGGCCUCAUCUCCCUCUCUUGCUGCAAGCACCUAAACGCCAGCUCAGCCACCAACGUCACAACCCUCCUCACCCCACCAUCCGUCCCAAACCCGAGCCUCUCGUCCACCAGCUCAUCCAAAGCCCGGUUCUGAAUCUUGUUCACCGCCAUGCUCGCCAGGUUAAUAUCCUGACGGUGCCUGUUGGUGUCCACUGCCCACUGAUAGUACUCAGGGUCAACGUAUCCCGGAGUUCCUUGUGGGGCCGUGGAGACAUGUGUGACGUCGGUCGGGAAGAGACGGGAGAGGCCGAAAUCGGCCACUUUCACGUGGAAAUCCGAGUCGAGGAGGAUGUUGUUGGUUUUCACGUCGCGGUGGAUGAUGUCGGAUUUGUGGAGGUAGUCGAGGGCCUCGGCCGUCUCGACAGCGAUGUCGAGGCGGACGGGCAAAGGGACGGGAGUCGAGGCACGGUGGCCGUGGAGGUGGUCGGCGACUGUGCCGUUGGGGACGAACUCGUAGACGAGGAGGAGCUGGCGGCUGCGGUGGGAGGUGCAGCCGUAGAGGGAGACGAGGUUUUUGUGGCGGAGGCCUGUCAGGAUCUUGACCUCGUUCAUGAACUGCUCCACGCGCUUGAAAGAGGGAUUGUUUUACUUACCAUAAUACACGGUGCCGAAGCCACCAUCGCCGAGGACUCUAGAAGAAUGGAAAUUGUCGGUAGCCUCUUCGAGCUCGGCGUAAUCAAACACCUGGACGCCAUAGUACGUGCUGCCCCACUCUAG